AUGUCGAAUGGUCCAAAGGAAUUCGAAGGAAACAUCACAGUUUAUGUUGUGAUAUGUGGAGUGAUCGCAGCCACGGGAGGCCUCAUGUUUGGCUAUGACAUUGGAAUAUCAGGGGGGGUGACAUCGAUGGACGACUUCUUGGAGGAGUUCUUCCCGGGGGUGUAUGCAAGGAAACACAAGGCCAAGGAAGACAACUACUGCAAGUACGACAACCAAGGCCUUCAGCUUUUCACUUCGUCCUUGUACCUCGCCGCCUUGCUAUCCACCUUCUCAGCUUCCGAGCUCUGCACCAAACGUGGCCGGCGGCUGACGAUGCAAGCCGCGUCUGUGUUCUUCUUGGCCGGCGUCGUCCUCAAUGCAGCCGCUCGCAACAUCGCCAUGCUGAUCAUAGGCAGGAUUCUCCUGGGAGUUGGUGUGGGAUUUGCAAAUCAAGCGGUUCCUCUAUUCUUGUCGGAGAUCGCGCCAGUCCGCGUCCGGGGAGCCUUGAACAUCCUCUUCCAACUCGAUGUGACGAUCGGGAUCUUCGUGGCCAACAUCGUGAACUACGUCGUGUCCAAUAUCCGCCCCUGGGGAUGGAGACUCGCGCUUGGCUUGGCCGGCGUGCCGGCGACCAUGCUUUGCUUGGGAUCCCUCGUGAUCGCCGAGACGCCGACGAGCCUCAUCGAGCGGGAGCUGCUGAUGGAAGGCUUGGCCAUGCUGACGAAGAUCAGGGGGACCGACAACGUGGAUGCGGAGUACCAAGAGAUCCUGCGUGCCUGCGAGAUGGCACGGCAAGUGAAGCAGCCGUUCAGGAACCUCAUGAAGCGAUCGAGCCGCCCGCAGCUGGUGAUCGCCAUCGUGAUGCAGGUCUUCCAGCAGUUCACCGGGAUCAACGCCAUCAUGUUUUAUGCUCCGGUCCUCUUCCAGACCAUCGGAUUCAAGAACAACGCGUCGCUGCUCUCCGCGGUCAUCACGGGUAUCGUCAAUGUCCUGUCCACCGUCGUAUCGGUGGUCUUGGUGGACAAAGUCGGGAGGAGAUUCCUGCUUCUCGAAGCCUGUGGGCAGAUGUUGAUCACGCAGGUGGCUAUCGGAGGCAUUCUACUCGUCAACUUGACAGCCACUAAUGAACUCGAACACGGCGUGGUAAUUUGGGUGGUGGUGCUGGUAUGCCUCUUCGUGUCAAGCUUUGCCUGGUCUUGGGGUCCGCUUGGUUGGCUGAUCCCCAGCGAGACCUUCCCGUUGGCGACGAGGACCGCCGGCUAUGCCUUUGCCGUCAGCUCCAACAUGAUCUUCACCUUCGUCAUCGCCCAGGCUUUCCUCUCCAUGAUGUGCCAUCUGCGUGCGGGGAUAUUCUUCUUCUUUGCCGCAUGGAUUGUGGUGAUGGGGCUGUUCGUCAUCUUCCUGUUGCCCGAGACGAAGAACGUGCCGAUCGAUGAAAUGACCGAGAAGGUCUGGAAGCAACACUGGUUCUGGAAGAGAUUCAUGGACGAAGAAGAAGAAGAAAGAAGAUAAAAAGGACUGUGUCUAACAUCGAUUGUUGUUGCUCUUCCAUGAUUCUUCGCAUACCAUCUGAAGCUCCAAAACAUGCAUCCCUAAUAAAUCCAACUUCUAAGUGGCAAAUCUAGCUUGUGCUAAGCUAGCUAAUA